AUGGAGGCAGUCACCAAGAACGGCUACCAAAAUGGUUCUUUGGACAGUUUGUGCUCCACCACCCAAAAUGAUCCACUCAACUGGGGUGUGGCUGCUGAGGCAAUGAAAGGAAGCCAUUUGGAUGAAGUGAAACGUAUGAUAGCUGAGUAUAGGAAGCCUGUUGUCAAUCUUGGAGGUCAGACCUUGACCAUUGCUCAGGUUGCAUCCAUUGCUGGUCAUGAAGCGAGUGAUGUCAAGGUGGAGCUUUCUGAAUCUGCAAGACCUCGCGUCAAGGCUAGCAGUGACUGGGUCAUGGAUAGCAUGGACAAAGGAACUGAUAGUUAUGGUGUUACUACUGGUUUUGGUGCCACUUCUCAUAGAAGAACCAAACAAGGUGGCGCUCUUCAAAGGGAACUCAUUAGAUUCUUGAAUGCUGGGAUCUUUGGCAAUGGAACAGAAACAAGCCACACGCUGCCUCACCCAGCAACCAGAGCAGCUAUGCUUGUCAGGAUCAACACUCUCCUCCAAGGCUACUCUGGCAUCAGAUUUGAAAUCUUGGAAGCAAUUACCAAGCUCCUCAAUAACAACAUCACUCCAUGCUUGCCACUACGUGGUACAAUCACUGCUUCAGGCGAUCUAGUCCCAUUAUCCUACAUUGCUGGAUUACUUACUGGCAGGCCUAAUUCCAAGGCCACCGGCCCCAACGGAGAAGUGCUAGAUGCUGUUGAAGCCUUUAAAGCAGCUGGUAUUGAUUCUGGAUUCUUUGAGUUGCAGCCUAAAGAAGGCCUUGCUCUAGUCAAUGGAACUGCAGUUGGUUCUGGCUUGGCUUCCAUGGUUCUUUUCGAGGCCAAUGUUCUUGGUGUCUUGUCAGAACUCUUGUCAGCAAUUUUUGCUGAGGUUAUGAAUGGUAAACCUGAGUUCACCGACCAUUUGACACACAAAUUGAAGCACCAUCCAGGUCAAAUUGAGGCUGCAGCGAUUAUGGAGCACAUUUUGGAUGGCAGCGCUUACAUGAAGGCUGCUAAGAAGUUGCAUGAAACAGACCCCUUGCAGAAACCAAAGCAAGAUCGCUAUGCUCUGAGGACUUCACCCCAAUGGCUUGGUCCCCUGAUUGAAGUAAUCCGAUUCUCAACCAAGUCGAUUGAAAGAGAGAUUAAUUCAGUUAAUGACAACCCUCUAAUUGAUGUUUCAAGGAACAAGGCGUUGCACGGUGGCAACUUCCAGGGAACUCCAAUUGGAGUCUCAAUGGACAAUGUACGUUUGGCUAUUGCAUCCAUAGGCAAGCUCCUAUUUGCUCAGCUCAGUGAGCUCGUAAAUGAUUUCUACAACAAUGGACUGCCAUCAAAUCUCACCGCUAGCAGGAAUCCAAGUUUGGAUUAUGGCUUCAAGGGAGCUGAAAUAGCAAUGGCCUCCUACUGUUCUGAGCUUCAGUAUCUUGCCAAUCCAGUCACUACCCAUGUGCAAAGUGCGGAGCAGCACAAUCAAGAUGUUAACUCGUUGGGACUUAUCUCUUCAAGAAAGACAGCAGAAGCUGUCGAUAUCUUGAAGCUCAUGUCCACGACUUUCCUAGUGGCACUUUGCCAAGCUAUUGACUUGAGGCAUUUGGAGGAGAACUUGAAGAGCGCAGUCAAGAAUACGGUCAGUCAAGUGUCCAAGAGGGUUUUAACUACAGGUUCUAAUGGAGAACUUCACCCAUCAAGGUUCUGUGAGAAGGAGUUGCUCAAGGUGGUUGAUCGUGAGUAUGUCUUUGCUUAUGCCGAUGACCCCUGCAGUGCUACCUAUCCAUUGAUGCAAAAACUAAGGCAAGUUCUUGUUGACCAUGCAUUGGCGAAUGGAGAGAAUGAGAAGAACGCAAGCACUUCAGUCUUCCAAAAGAUUGUAGCUUUCGAGGAAGAAUUGAAAGUGCUUUUGCCAAAAGAAGUUGAGAACGCAAGAGCAGCAUAUGAAAGUGGGAAUUCAGCGAUCGAGAACAAGAUUAAGGAAUGCAGGUCCUAUCCACUUUACAAGUUUGUGAGGGAGGAGUUGGGAACUGAAUUGCUCACUGGCGAAAAGGUCCGAUCGCCUGGUGAGGAGUUCGACAAGGUGUUUACAGCUAUGUGCCAGGGGAAGAUCAUCGAUCCACUGCUGGAAUGCCUUGGUGAAUGGAAUGGUGCCCCUCUUCCAAUCUGUUAG